GAGGAGAGACAGACAGGAGGCAGGGGGGGACAGGGGGGAGACUCAGUGACUAACCAAACUGGAAUGAAAGUGAGGAAACAGCACGGCAGGAAAGGAAGAGCCAGAGCCUAGCAGAAAAGCAAUAUUUGCCUUAACUGUGCAGAGCGUAGAAUUUAACACAAAGCAAAGGGGCAAGAGAGUGACACCGACUGAGACCUUUGCAGACACAAAGCAUCUGCUGAAUACCUGGAGUUUCAGAAACACCAGGAUAUAUCAGAGAAUGACGAAGGUCUAAACUCUCAUCCUCAGGGUAUAAACCUCCACCUGGUCAAUGUCAUCAGUCUGACCUCAGGAUCUGGAUGUUCAUGUGGUGGAGACCUACCUCUUCUUCUCCAUUCUCAGAGAAGGAAGACAGGUUAAAGAAUAGAGUGUAUUCACAUCUUCUCUUACUGCUACUGUGAGAGUUGAGAGACAGUGAGACAAAUCCUCAGAACUGCUCCACCAAUCACACAGCCUAGGGAGGAUGAGUCUGCCGAGGAACCGGACCCUGGAGAACAGCAUCACCCAGCUGCAUCACAUUAACAAUGGGGAACCUCUGUCUUCACUGCAAUUCCACCUCCAGAACACAGGCUCUGUGACCUCUGUGCCAGGGUCGCCCACGGGGGGGUCAGGGGUGGUGGUGCCACCCCCGUACUCAGUAGCGGGCAGCGUGGUGGGGGCUACGGAUGCCCCUCUGGAGCUGAGAGGCUCUCUGGACUGCUGGGCGUGCUCAGUACUGGUGACGGCUCAGAACCUGAUCAUCGCGCUGGUCAACAGUACGCUGGUCAGUAUCGUGUUCGGCACCAUCAUGACCCCAGCGCUGGUCAUGGUUGUGUUUGGCUUUCUAUGUCACUCUACGGUGCAACCCAAUGGCACGUCCCUGUACUGUUCAGAGCUGCUAGAUGAUGGUGGCUGUGUGGCCCUGCUGGUGGUGGGCUUCUUCCUGGUCAACCCCCUCCUAGUCCUGGCUCUGGCUGCCUACUGUCGCCUGGCCCGCCACCUCCAGCUGGGCCUCUGUUUCAUCCCCUACAGCAGGGCCGUCUACAAGAACCUGCCUGCCUCGCGCCAACGUGGAGGAGGCUUCUGCGGCCAGCAUGGGGCCUCAGAGGGGGAGGGCAAAGGCAGUGUGUGGGUGUGAGGGGAGGGAUAUGUUGACCCUAACCACUGAUGCAGGGUCAGAUAACAUUUUCUUCCCUCUUAAGGUUAAGGUUAGGAUUGGGGAUCAAGUAAUCUGAUCCUAGAUCUGUAAAUAGAGGCAACUUCUACCUUGAGCAUGGAGGGAAGAAGGUGUGGAGGUGGAUCUUACAAUACACUGGUUUGUAGAUUGCAGAGAGCAAAGGUGAAGCUGUAAAAACAUAAGUAUGCUACAUGAAGUACUAUCAAAUACCACCUUAACUACACUGCAAUUAUUUGUUAUUAUGUUUUUUUUUUUAUGUUGAAUUAUCCUGUACUAUUAAUAAAUGAUGUUUGUUUAGAAUAAAAUAUUUCCAUUUUAUCAGAAAAGGUGUUUUGUCUUCUAGAAAUAACUACAAGUGAAUCAGUUUCUCUCUGGCAUGAUAUGACAACAUCUCCCUCUAGUGGAGCACGAGAUUCCAACUGCCAUUACAUCACCUCACAAACCUGUUGGUUACCAAGGCUACUAUCUCUCUGAUG